GAACGUUCCAGAUACAUUCAUCACCCUAUAUAAACAACAACCAUCUCCAUUCCAUUCUCAUCUCAAUUUCAUUUCCAUCUCUGUUCAAAUUCCAUUUUCAAGCUCGAUCGCGACAAUGCCAACACGAACAACCGGAGCGAUCGCACAAGACUGGGAGCCAGUCGUCCUCCACAAAUCAAAACCCAAGGCACAAGAUCUCCGCAACCCGAAAGCGGUGAACCAAGCCUUCCGAACCGGAGCAGAAGUCCAGACGCUCAAGAAAUCAACCGCUGGUUUGAACAAGAAAACCGCCGGUCCGGUUGUGAACGCGAGGAAGCUAGACGAAGCGGCUGAACCGGCGGCGUUGGAGCGGGUUGGCGGGGAAGUGAGACAGAUGAUACAGAAAGCGCGUUUGGAUAAGAAGAUUAGUCAAGCUGAGCUGGCGAAACAGAUUAAUGAGAGGGUUCAGGUUGUGCAGGAGUAUGAGAAUGGGAAAGCGGUUCCUAAUCAGCUUGUUUUGGGGAAAAUGGAGAGGGUUCUGGGUGUUAAGCUUAGGGGUAAAAUUGGAAAAUGAAAAUGGGGUUUUGAUUUUAACUUUUUUGUGUUUUUGUGUAUUGUGAAUUGUGAUGACAUGGGUGUGGUAUUAGAUGUAUUAAUAUGAUGAUGAUUGUUGUAAUGGAAUGUUAAUGUGAAUAAUGUUUAGAUGGAUCUAUUAACAGUUUUGAAUU